AUGACGAAGAGCAGCACCACGUCGGCGCAACCGCUGCAUGACAGCGCCAGCGAUUCUGACGAGCGCCCAAGUAGCCGUGCUGCAAUGCCACCGCUACCAAAACCCGCCUCAAAGGCCGUCACAAAAAGGAAAUCCGGGCAUAACCUGUCGAAAUUUGUUGUCAACAACGAGAACUCAGUCAUGAGCAGACUUGAGUCUGAACCCGCUGCAAUCCCGACUGGGCACCAUUACAGCUUGUAUGACGAGCCUACACCCACAGUCGAAGCUAUUGCAGAAGCCAAGAGGGGUAAAGCUCGUGCGAUAACACCGGCCACUGAGCGUCACUCGUCGCGAGCGGCGAGCCGCCAAGCAAGUCAGUGGCCAGACAUCGAGCAUGCCGAAAUACAUGUCAACACCGGGCCGAUAGACGCGAAUAUGCUCGUGGCACUUGAUGCGAAGAAAAUCUCAGAGGACGGUCUGACGGUGCUAGCUGCACACGCAUGGCAAACAGCGAAGGAGUACCACUGGCCCAUCACUAAACGCAUGAAUGAGACGAAAUGGCUGAUGAUCGGCUUGCCUUUUCUUUUAAGCAUACCCAAGGAGCUCACCGAUGAGCUCUUUGGCGGAAACUUGGCUUCUGCUCUCCUGCAGCAUCGCAACGAUUACGUUCAGGGGCUUUUCGCCGACGGCAGCACCUGGACAGACAACCACAACACGCGGUUACCUUGCAUAUACAUACUGUUGUACCGGCUUCGUCUGUAUGCAAAGGAGCACCUCACAGAUGAAGAGAUUGAUCUUGUCGUAGCCGUGGACGAGCAGCCUGCUUUUGUCCAAGGCAAGCAUCGGCACGUCGAGGAGGGAGGGAGACACUUCUUCGGCGGCAAGUUCGCGGAUGAACAUUCCAACAACCGCGCUCGUCAGUUACUAUCGUUUUGUGACUCGUGCCAAGAAUGGCUCGAUCUCGUCCCACCCAUGGACCGAAGCAAUCCAAUUGGGUUUCCAUUCGCCUAUGUAGGUUACGCCAUGACCUUUUCCAAGAGGAUAGUCCAACACAAUAGUGAGAACACCAGCGGCUCAAGGUGGUUCAUGAACCUUUUUCUGUCAGCUUGCAGUGUAGUUCUGAACGAUGGUCACACCCGCUGGGGUUUCUCUUCGCACGUCAUUGGCUACUGCAAGAGCGAGGAAGAGGUAGCUGCCGCCGAGGCAUUAAUGACUGCACUCACUGGCGCAUGGUAUGAAACAGGCACCGGCUUUGGUAUGCACCCGUCUGGAGAGAACGUCUUCAGCGCCGAAGUCCGCACAAUGUCAUACCGCGAGGGGCAGGAGGUAUGGAAGGUAUGCCAAAGGUUCCGCGAUGAACAUACGCCCUAUCUGAAGAACGAAUCGUUGGAGAUUCAGAGGAUCGAGGCAUACCCCGAAAGAUGCAAGCAGCGCCGUGCAGCAUUGCGAGCGGAGCGGCCGGACCUGCUUGAAGAGGCGCGCAUCAUCAAAGAACGUGUGACAGCCGAGAAGAACCGUAUUCGUCGGGAGAUAUCCGGGCAUAUGACUAGAAUUUACGAAGCAUACAGCAAGGCACAAGCGGCAGACCCAGAUUCAAAUGAGCUGGUAGUUCUUCGGAAGAGGCACAUGGAUUUACAUGAGAAAGUGAGGAAUCUUGGACCAGUGACCGACAUCCCAGCCACUGGUCGGCAGAGUGAACCGCAAUGUGGCUCAGAUAUUGAGUCUAUCUUUCCUGGUACAGACCCGGUAGUUCCCAGCAUACAUCCUAUGGGGGAGGCUGUAGCAGGCUCGAGUAGGGGCAAUCCCCAGGGAGAUAGGUGA